AUGGCGAAACUGACAUGUGAGCAAACGGGUGUUGAUGCGCUCACUCCUCUCAUCGCUCGAGAGGAAGGUGAAAUCCCAGAGCCCCCUCCGCGAGAGCGAGGAAGUGAUUCUCAGGAUCAUGUCCCGGCAAGCAUUGCCUACCUUCUCUACAUUUCACAUUUCUUGUCAACAUGGAACUCUCGCGUGUUUGAGUUCGGAGCAGUUCUCUAUUUGGCCACAAUCUACCCAAGCACCCUGUUGCCCAUGUCUGUAUAUGCGCUCUCGCGUGGCCUAGCAGCAAUUCUCUUUGCACCCGCCGUGGGUCAUUAUAUCGAUAUCGGAAACCGUUUACAGGUUGUUCGUGUCUCAAUUGUCCUGCAGCGCUGCGCUGUGGCUGCAUCAUGUGUGAUAUUCUACUUGCUGACUAUCCGACUAAGAAUGUCGCAAGUGGUUGAUCAAUGUUUGCUGGCAACUUUGGCGCUUCUAGCGUGCAUCGAGAAACUAUGUUCCGUUAUGAACUUGGUUUCUGUGGAAAAGGACUGGGUCGUGGUUGUUGCUGGGGAAGACCGUGAAAACCUCAAAACCAUGAACGUGCAGAUGCGACGGAUUGACCUUAUCUGCAAGUUAAUCGGACCUCUCUUCAUUGGCUUCAUUGAUAGCUCAUCACCGAAGACCGCCAUUCGUGUCAACUUCGGAAUGAGUGCUGCUUCGGUGGCUGUUGAAUAUUUCUCAAUCGCCCAGGCAUUAUGCUUACGCUUUACUUAG